AUGUCAAAUAUUCCAGAAAGAUGGGAAUUAUUGUUACUUCCUGAAGGCGCAAAGAAAGUAACAUUUGAUAUUGACCCAAAAGUCCCAAAUGCAGCCAAUAUUACAGUAUUAAAUGAAGAUCAUACACUUGGAAAUAUAUUACGAGAACAAUUACUUCAAGAUGAGCGUGUAUUAUUUGCAGGAUAUCGUGUUCCACAUCCUAUUUUAGAGCACAAAUUUGUCCUCCGAGUUCAAACAGAAGAAGGCUAUGAACCAAGAGAUGCAGUAAGCAAUGCAGGCAGAAACUUACUUUAUCAACUUACACAAUUGCGCAAUAACUUUGAACGUGAGUGGGAGCUGAAGAAGAUGGCAGAAGAUUAUAUAGAAUAA